AUGAUUAAUGUUUUCAGUCCCGAAAAUAAUGGCUGGACAUUAGUAGAUGGUAAAUAUGAUUUUUAUUGGUUCGAUGGAAAUCAGUUACCGGGUUUUGUCAGUCAGUCGAUGGAGCAACAAUCAGUGGAAGAACCUAAGGAUAGUGCUGAUGAUCAAGAUGACGAUUUAGAUAUUGAGUAUCAAGAUUGGCUCGAUGAUGAAUUGUCUAAUUUCAAUGACGAUGACAAUGAAGAUUAG